GUCAGGGAAUAUUCUAAGAGAACCGAGAAGAGGAGCUGGCUGAUUACCCCAUCAAAGCUGUCCUGUGAAAAGCGACAACAUGGGAUUCCCUUUGGGUUUAAAGUCAGUCUUGAUGCUCGUUGUUGCUGCGUUUAAUGCAAACCAGGCCCUUGGAAAACCGCACAAUCAACAACAGUUGGAUGGCGGAACAGACUACGGUUUCCCAGACGCAAACAUCGCGCGGAACCAAUUCGUGAAGAAAUCUGUUGUCACACAAAAUGUAACUAGUAAAGGGGGGUACCUGAAAGAGUACUGCUCUUUACCCAAAGAAGGAGGCCUUCAAAACCAGUCGAGACAGUUACCUUGUGAGGCUGGAUGGUACCCCUGCUUUGGGCUUGCUGAAAUGGUUUGCAAGACACACAGCCUGGCUUGUCUUACUGGCUUGAAAAAGUAUGGCUUUCCUAAGUGUGCUCCGAUGUAUACGUGGACGACGAUUGAUUUGGGCUUCAAAAGAACAACAGUGAGAAGAACUGCAGCCUGCCGCUGUGCAUAAGAUAGCAAAGUGAAUCAAAGGUGGUUAACUUAAAAUAACGCUUGUUAAUUCAUAUGAUUCCUAUUUACAAAUGAUUUAAGCGAAUUUAACGGUUCUGUAUCGCCAUUAAAUAUUCAUAUUACAAUAAUUGUAUAUCUAUAAGUGAAAUUUACAAACGGAA